CAUACUGAAAUGUUGUGGAACUCACUGUUUUUUUCAGGACAGAUGGAAGUUUUGUGGUUCAUGAUGUACCUUCAGGAUCUUACGUAGUGGAAGUUAUAUCCCCUGCUCAUAAAUUUGAGCCUGUUCGAGUUGACAUAACUUCAAAGGGCAAAAUGAGAGCAAGAUAUGUGAAUUACAUCAAACCCUCUGAAGUUGUCAGGCUGCCAUACCCACUCCAGAUGAAAUCUUCUGGACCACCUUCAUACUUUAUAAAGAGAGAAUCUUGGGGAUGGACGGAUUUCCUCAUGAACCCUAUGGUGAUGAUGAUGGUUCUUCCAUUACUGAUAUUUGUGCUUUUGCCUAAAGUUGUCAACACCAGUGAUCCUGAUAUGAGGCGGGAAAUGGAGCAGUCAAUGAACAUGCUGAAUUCCAACCACGAGCUGCCAGAUGUGUCUGAAUUCAUGACAAGACUUUUCUCUUCAAAAUCUUCCAGCAAGUCUGGUGGUAGCAGCAGUAAAGCAGGGAAAAGUAGUUCUGGGAAAAGGAGGUAGUUAAGUCUUCCUCCUAAGUCUGAGUUUGCACAGCUAUUUGUUGUCAUAUUGGUGUCAUGUUUAUUUGUCUUGAAAGAUCAAAAAGCCACUGCUGUAAACUUUAACCUGGCACAACAUACAUUAUACUACAAGAGUGGUUUGUAGCUAUUUUUUAGAUUGUAUAAGCUGUUUUGUACUUGACAGUAAGCAAAGAUGACAUGGCUUCAAUACUGUAUCUGUAUAAAGUUAUUGAUUAUACUAAAUUAACUAUAUUGUUCUGUAGAAAUUCAAAUAAAUUAUACAAUGUGCUUCACAGUAAUAAAUGUCUUAAGACAUGUAUAAAAAAUUUCAAAUAUAAUAGAAGUGGAGUUCCAUUUUAAGAUAUCUUUAAUGUUUUACACUUGUUGAGUUCUGAAAUGAAAAAAUCAUUCUUUCAAAAUGGAGUUGUGAGUUUACUGGGUAAGUAAUUUGCUGUAUCAGCUUGUCACAUGUUACACAUAAAAUCAUUUCAUUUUAUGCAGUUUGCUGCCUGUACCGUUUACAGAAUCACAGAGUGGGUAAGGUUGGAAGUGACCAUAAUGGGUUCUCUGGUCUGAUCUCCCAGUCAGGGUCAUCCUAGAGCACGUGGCACAAGAUUGCAUCCAGAUGUUUCUUGGAUAUCUUCAGUGAGAGAGACUCCACAACUUCUGUGGGCAUUCUUUAGUUCAAAGAUUUUCCACUGUGUAUUGCCCAGUUUUACUCUGAUCUAGUUUCUGCUGAAAACUCUUUGGGAGGAAAGAAAGCAAAGUAUCUUGCAUGAGGAAUUCAUUUAAGCUGUCAAGAUCUUGAAUCUUUCUUUUCUAAAUUACAUGUAUCACUUCUGCAACACUUC